AUGGCGCGGAAGAUGGUAACCCGCAAAACUACGACUUUCUUGAUAUUCAUCCUACUAGUGACGAUCGUGACCUCCGUGCUCAAGAUCAGUCUGUCUGAUACCCCCCUUUACCACCAUGCCACCAGUCCGGAUACAAUCAAAGCAGAUUACUGGGAAUGGGAAACGGCCACACGUUUCGCUCCUCUUAAGAAUCAGUUCACCGCCAGUUCCAGCAGUGAUGACGACCACCUGUGUGACUCCUUCCCCACCUAUGUGCUGUCACGGAUCCAGGUCGUGCUGAAGAUCGGGGCGUCCGAGCCUGCCGAUCGCGUGGACGCUCAGAUCUCGACCGUCACCCACUGUAUUCCGAAUCUCCUCGUCGUCUCGGAUCGCGAAGGCGAACUCAAUGGUCAUCGCGUGCACGACAUCCUCGCGACGCUUCCUGAAUCGUUCCGCUUCAAUGUGACGGACCUUGAGCCCUACGAAGCCUUAAGGCGGGGCGAUGAGCAGGCAGUGGGGGGCGACGAGGGUUGGCAUCUGGAUCGCUUCAAGUUCUUGCCUAUGGUCGAACGUGCCCAUGAGAUGAACCCGACCGCGCAGUGGUACGUUUUCCUGGAGUCCGAUACCUACUACGUAUGGGACAAUCUCCUCCGCCUUCUCGAUCAGUACGACCCAUCGGAGUCCUUGUAUUUUGGUUCGCCAUCACCUGGACGGGAGAUCGCUCAAGGAAAGCCCAUGUAUUUUGCGUACGGUGGUGCGGGGUUCGUUCUUUCUGGGGGCGCGAUGAAGAAGUUGGUGCACCGGCGUCACGGUUCUAUGGGUCAAUACACCGAGCCAUCGUUGAGUCUACAGUUUGAGGAUAUAGUGAAAGGCGACUGCUGUGGGGACUCCGUGUUGGGUUGGGCACUGUACCAAAAGGGCGUGAAACUGUCGGGGCUGUGGCCCAUGUUUAACCCGCAUCCGCUCCAUAGCAUCCCGUUCGACAAUGCAUACUGGUGCCAGCCGGUAAUCAGCAUGCACAAGACUGUGUUGUCAGACAUGAAGGGACUGAUCGAGUGGGAAAACCAACGCGAUCGCAAGAAACCUUUGUUAUACGCGGAUCUGUUUGAAUACACGCGCAUGGGGACCUUCGAAAGCAAACCUGACUGGGAUAACGGGGACUGGGGUGGUUUCGGAGAGCCCAACGAGUCGCCGGCACACGUCUCGAUGGAAGCCUGCCGGACUGCAUGCCAUCAGCACACCGAGUGUCUGUCAUACACUUAUGAUCAUUCCGGUCAUUGUAUCUUUGUGCGGACGAUGCGACUGGGCCAUAGUAAGCCGCCCACGCAGGAGGUGCGGCUCUCUGCCGGGUGGGACGUGGAGAAAAUGCGGAAUUGGCGAGAUUCGCAUGAAUGUGAGAAGCCAAUGUGGGUGAAGCCAAGCAUUACGCGGAUCUUCUAG